CUUUCCAACUACUUUUAUGAGCUGGGUGAUGCUGCGAGCAGUCUGUUUCAACUUCAAAGUGUUUGUGAUUGGUGUGUUAAGAAAUAUUUCAGCAGUGGUGUUGCAUUGCCCUUAACCACGGGUGUUUUACUCUAUUUCAUUAGCUUUGUGAUAUCUUAGAUGUUAGUCUACUUUUCUUCUAAUUUUAUAAUGAUGUGUUUAUCAAAUGAUUGCAGUUUUCGUUCAAAUGUGAGAUUUGGUGUUGAUUGGGAAUCAAUGGGUCACGUCAUGUCAUGAAAACACUUGUUCAUUUUUAGUGUUUAUGUAAAUAAAUGAAUCCACAAUUUAGCAAUCAUAAAGUGUAGUACACGAGACCAUUUACAUUAAACCACACGUGUGUGUGCAAGCUUGAUCUGAUGUUUUCUUCUGUGGCAGCUGCUCAUUCCGCUCUUUCCUAUUGGCUGAGAGGCUGCAGCGGUGGAAGGUGUGGUUUUGAUGAACGACGCCGCAUCCGUUGUCAAAACGCGCAGUUUAAUCUUGAGUCACAAGCUAUAAAGAAGCCGCAGCCCUGCGAGACUGAUAAGGAAUUGUAACUUUCUUCCUGUUUUAUGAUAAACAUGUUGUUGGUGGACGUUGGUGUGUCUGCGGAUUUCAGCCACCUGUAGCUGGAUUUAAGCUAAAUAUUAUGUCCACACCUUUUAAAGGAAUGAAACUGCUGCAGCCUGGAUUAUACACCAACUGGGGUUUAGGGAGUGUGAGCAUUAACAAAAGUGUCGUCAACGAUCGAAUCUGAGAGCAGCGAUGAGAGGAAAAACCGCGAGACGCGAGCGCUUCUUCUGACUAUGGGCACCGAGCGCUCCUGGCGUUGUGCGUAAAUCGCUGUGGUGGAUCCACACACUAUGAGACGCAAUGGCAUGGUGUGAUCGAGGGGUUCAGACUUUGCUGGCCAUCGCGGGAGCCUUUGCUGCUUUCAGCCUCAUGACCAUCGCCAUCGGCACCGACUACUGGCUUUAUUCUCGCGCGUACAUCUGUAACGCCACUAAUGUCACCACAGACGAGAACCUAAUACAAACUAAGAAAGUCAAAGGGGACCUAACGCACUCUGGACUGUGGAGGAUCUGCUGCAUCGAAGGUAUCAAUAAAGGAAGCUGUUUCCGGAUCAAUCAUUUUCCCGACGACAAUGACUAUGACACGGACAGCUCUGAGUACAUCUUACGGAUAGUGCGCGCAUCGAGCCUGUUCCCCAUCCUCAGCACCAUCCUGCUGAUGUUGGGCGGCCUGUGUGCCGGGGUUGGACGUGUCUACAGCAGCAGGAACAACAUCCUGCUCAGUGCUGGCAUCCUCUUCGUGGCUGCAGGCCUGAGCAACAUCAUUGGCAUCAUCGUCUACAUCUCCAGCAACGCUGGUGAUCCCAGUGACAAGAAAGACGAGGACAAGAAGAACCAUUACAACUAUGGCUGGUCCUUCUACUUCGGCGCCCUCUCCUUCAUUGUGGCUGAGUCAGUUGGCGUUCUUGCUGUCAACAUAUACAUCGAGAAAAACAAGGAGACGCGCUUUAGAGCUAAGCACGACUUCAAAAACAUACCUUCCUCCUCACCUUAUUCUCGCAUCCCCAGUUACCGCCACCGACGAAGGCGAUCGCGCUCCAGUUCAAGGUCUAGUGACCCAUCCAGGGAUCCCUCCCCAGUCGGGAUGAAGAGUGGAGGAGGUGGUGGUGGAGGAGGAGGAGGAGGGUUGGGAAUGGGGUUGCCAAUGGGGGAUAUAUCCAUGUACACGCUCAGUAGGGACCCCCUGAAGGGUGGAAGUGGUACUGCAGGGCCCUACAGUCCUAAGAGAGACUCUGGGUUUCUACAAGUCCACAACUGCUUCCAGAAAGAUCUGAAAGAAGGAGUUAACAGGAGGACCACACCAGUAUAAGGUCAGGAGUGCACUGCUCUGUGAAAACAAUAAGCUUCGUGGAGCACAUUUGAGUUCUGUUCAGGCAGCAGCGAUGUUUAAAGGUCGGAGCUGAGAAUUAUAUUAAUUGUGUCCCUCUGUCACAGAACAGUGCCAGUCCGUGUUUCAUUUGGAGGAAGAAGAAAACGGAUAUCAGAAAACAUUUUAUGAUGUGACUUUCUGUAGCAAUAUUUGAACAUAUUAUUCCAAAAAUAAAAAAAAAAUAAACACUAUUUGUGAUGUUGGCUUUUACAGAAAGGCUGACAAUGUACUGCACAUUGAAGGACAGUCACAUAAGACUUAUCAAUUAAUUUCCGUUCUUCUGAGGGAGAAAAGAUUGUUCAUAAUCAGAGUUAUUGUACUGCGUUUCCCUGUAACUUCACACAAACGGUGCUAACUUAUCCCGUACACCUUCGAUCAUCUCAAGCUUUCUCCACUGCCAUUUGAAUACUUAAACUGUAUCUCAGUAACCUCUCUCAAGCUUGUGUGUGAGUCGUGUGGUAAUUAUGUGUGUAUUACGGCUUUGAAACACUUAAGAGAUAUAAGCCUUCUAAGAAUAUGGAAUAUGCGAAGACGUACGUCAACCAAAAUACAUUCCAGUAUGCAGUGUGAUGUAUCAGUAUAAGCAUUGUUUGUACAGAUUGUGUGUGAAGACCGCUCUCCAUUUGCUCAGGGACGAUACAUUUUCUUUCUGAACUAAACCAGACAGACUUUCAGUCGGGGUGUGUAAAAGCGGAGGUGAGAUCACACUGUUAUGUCUUGCUGUUUAAUUAUUAUGACUUCUGCAUUUACUGCCUUAAGGUUUCUGUCUGCUAUAAAAGAAUCGCCUACCGUACAAACCCCCGUUUCAAGAAAAAGUGGGACACUUUCUAGAUAUACAAUGAAAUCUAGAAUUUGCAGUUUGUUAAUUCACUUGAAUCUUAAUUAGCAGACGGAAGAUGAAAAACAAUUCAUGGCCACAACAAAAAAACUGGGACAGAGGCAAACAUAGUCUAUGAACUGACCAACAAUUCUGUCUGUUUUAUACCCUUACCUGCUAUUAGUUAACCUGCUCAUUGUGGAACCUUUCAGUGCAGCAUUAUUUAUACAACUUAUAUACAGUAUAUUUCUGUCUUUCGACUUUUUUUAAAUUGUUGCAGGCAUCACAUUCCAUUUUGUUUAUAAAAAACAAACAUUUGCAGAACACAGGUUUGUCAGUGGGAAACACUGACAAUCUUUUCUGUGGGCUUUUAUGAGAAACAAACAAAGACAGACAAAGAGGCAGAUGCUUUGUCCAUCACUUUUGGGAAAUUAAGGAUUUGAAUCCUUUAAAUACACGAUUAAGUGGUUUAACAAAUGAAAUCCUUUUGUAUUUUAAUUGCAUUUUUAGAGGAGUGUCUGAAAAUGGGAUUUGUACAUUUGAUGCAGAACCUGCAAUUAAAAUGUCUCUAUGUUUAUCAAUAAGAUUUUUUUUGUAAAAUGCUAAUUCUUUUCAGAAGAAGAACCAACGUUUGUGUCACAAUGUAGUUACGUUAACAUUGUCCUGCUGAAUCGGACGCGUCUACCAUUGCAUGAUGGAUAUUGAAAUACAGUAUGUCACUGUUAUGUCAAAGAAUGGCUCUGUGUGCAGAUACUGUUGAUGUAAAUCCCUGAGGAAAUAUUGUCAAAAUGCCUUUGGUCCCAUUUCUGACAGAAAAGCGGUGGUUUGUAUUAAAUCAUAAUUAAA